AUGGCGGAAGAGAUCGAGGAUCGUGGGCCUCUGCUCGACGCCAUCAACAUCGCAUUCCUCGUCAUAUCGGUUACCAUUGUCGGUUUGCGAUGCUAUGUCCGGGUGUUUAUGGUGAAGAGGUUCGGGCUGGAUGACUGGGCAAUGUUGCUUGCAACUACGUUCUUCGUCUCUUACUGCGUAUGCUCCAUCUCGGGUGUUCACUACGGUACCGGACGACACAAAUGGGACUUGUCUACGGAGGGAUAUGCUAAAGGAAGAGAGUUCUGGUGGUUUUGCUAUCUGACAUACUGUUGGAGCAUGAUCCUGUCCAAAGCUUCCAUCGCACUGUUCCUGUUGCGCGUCACUGCCUAUAGGAUCCAUGUUUGGAUCAUCUGGGGUGCGAUGGCAAUCUCAUUUGUCACGUGCAUGGCAUUCUUCUUUGUCACCGUCUUCCAAUGCUACCCGGUCUCCUACUUCUGGGACCAGUACACACAAUCAGGCACGUGUGUCAACGUUGAAGUAAUCGUGGCGUUGGGGUACUUGUACAGCGUCUGCAGUAUCAUCACCGAUUUUACCUUCGCACUGCUGCCGGCGUGGAUCAUCUCGCACCUGAACAUGAAAGCCAGAACAAAGAUCGCGCUGAUCCCACUGCUGGCUAUGGGAUGCGUUGCCAGCUCAGCCGUCAUCGUCCGUUGCAUUUACAUGUCAACCUUUCGAAGUCCCGACUAUCUUUGGGCUACCGCCGAUAUUGCGGUAUGGUCGACCGUCGAGCAGGGCCUUGCCAUCUCAGCGGCCAGUCUUGCGACUCUCCGUCCCUUGAUAAAGCUCAUCGGCUACAAGUUGGGCAUAACCACAAGGCCUACGGGUCCCAGCGAUGGGUAUAAGGGACCAUCUGCUCACCUUGGCAGUCUCUCAGGACCUAUCAGCCGGCGUCGAGGCAGUCAAAGCGCUGCAAAUGCACUGAUCCUCAACACUCUCAACAAAAGCGUUUUCAGGGACGCGAAAGAUGAAUACGACUUGACGGCCGUCUAUGAAGUCAGGUGUGAGGCUGGGCUUGGCAGUCCUGGUGCUCGCGAUGGCCCUUUGCCAGGGGCGAUAUCUCAAGGACGGACUUACGAGGUGACCUCUAAGUCCAUCGAAUCAGGCUCGUGCACGGAGAAGCCGAAGUCAAUAUCAAGUCAGGUGGGGAAAUCGAGCUUCACAAGGCCAAGAAACGAGACCAGUGACAGUGACAGCAUAGAGGCGCUACGGCCAGAGCUGUCCCCGGCGGUUCCUAGAAGCUUUCUACAGUCGAAUCAAGACAGCAAGUAG